CCAUUCCAUUAUCAAAUUCGUGUCAUCACUAGUGUAUUAGUGGUUAUUUUUUUCAGUGUGCUGUAUUUCUGUGUGUUCAUCAAUUUUCAUUUCAUUUAAAUUAUUUGAAAAAAUUCUAAAAACCCAAUCCAAAAAAUCAAAUAAAUAUGGCUUCAUCAACGUAUCGUAACCGUAUGGCAUCGGGAUUAUUUUUGCUUGCCAUCAUUGUAUUGGAAAUUGUAUUGAUUUCCGAUAAUAUCACAUCCGUUCAGGCUGGUAAAAAGAAGAAAAUUAUGAAGAAAAUCAAAGAAAUGUUACCAAUGAUGAUGAUGAUGAUGGGCAAAAAGAAAAUGAUCAUUCCAGUUCCCAUACCUAUUCCAAUGAAAGAUGAAGGUGGUGAUAGCUAUGGAGGUGGCGGAGGUUACGGUGGUGGAGAUGAUUGUGGUGGCGGUUAUGGCGGAGGUGGUGGAGGCGGAUGUGGUGGCAAGAAAAUUCAACUAACAUUAGAUAUGCCUGACAUGGGUAUGGGUGGUAUGGAUAAAUUUGGUGGAAUGAUGGAUGGUAUAAAAGAUAUGAUGGGCGAUAUGAUGAACAAAAUGCCUAAAAUGAGCAUGAGUGGUAGUGAUUGUGGAGGUGGAGGUGGAGGUGGAUACUAAAAUUAAAAUGAUCCAAUUUCGCUAAAUCCUGAAAAUUCAGAAGAAUGUCUUUUUUGUAUUGUUUCAAACCGAAUGAAUCGAUAAUAAUUCA